CUUUAGGUUGGUGCGAGAGUUUGUAGCACAGAAUAACACUGGACAAAUCAAACACGUGAUCCAAAUCCUGUCCCAGGAAUUUGCACUUUCACAGCAUCCUCACAGCCGUAAAGGUGGCCUCAUCGGUCUGGCAGCCUGCUCCAUCGCUCUCGGCAAGUUGGCUGCAGAUCCGGAUCCCAAUGUUAAAAGUGGCUCCGAAUUGCUGGAUCGAUUGUUGAAGGAUAUUGUCACAGAAAGUUCCAAAUUUGACCUUGUGGCCUUUGUCCCCCUCUUGAGAGAGCGAAUUUAUUCCAACAAUCAGUAUGCAAGACAAUUCAUCAUCUCCUGGAUCCUGGUAUUGGAAUGUGUUCCUGAUAUUAACUUGCUGGAAUAUUUGCCAGAAAUCCUGGAUGGACUGUUUCAGAUUCUUGGUGAUAACAGUAGAGAGAUCCGUAAAAUGUGUGAGACUGUCCUUGUUGAGUUUUUGAAAGAGAUCAAGAGAAACCCUUCGAGGGUCAAAUUUGCCGAAAUGGCCAACAUCUUGGUCAUCCACUGCCAGGCCUCUGAUGACUUGAUUCAACUGACUGCAAUGAUUUGGAUGAGGGAGUUCAUUCAGUUAGCUGGUCGUGCGAUGCUGCCCUACUCUUCAGGAAUCCUGACAGCUGUUCUACCCUGCCUCUCCUACGAUGACAGGAAGAAGAGUAUUAAGGAGGUGGCAAACGUGUGUAACCAGACCCUGAUGAAGCUGAUUAUGCCAGAGGAUGAUGGUGACAAUAUCAGACAGUUCAUGCUGCAGCAGCUAGAUGGCACGGCUGAUGAGUCCUCCUCCAGCCGCAAGAACUCCUCUGACCAGUCAAACAUGUCCCAGGACUUGAACACCAGCAACAACACUGGCGAGUCUGUCACGAUAGACCAUUCUCAGGAAGCCCUCGAUUUAGAUGGAAUCGUGCUGGUGCUCGAUCGGCAUCUUCAUGACACAGUUACAGGAAUGAUGACAAGAAUUGCUGUCUUGAAGUGGUUGUAUCACCUUUAUAUCAAAACUCCCAGGAAGAUGUUCCGGCAUACAGACAGCCUCUUUCCCAUGUUGCUGAAGACACUUUCUGAUGAGUCAGAUGAGGUGAUCUUGAAAGACUUGGAGGUGCUGGCAGAAAUUGCUUCCUCUCCAGCGGGCCAGACAGAUGGGCAGGAUUCGUAUGAGAGCAACAGCACCCAAAAUAGUCAGUCAGAGCUGAAUAUUCCUAUUUCCUCCACACCAUUGAACUCUUCCAGGCCCCGAACGUUGGAAUGCUCCCCCUCAACUCCCACCAUGAACUCUUAUUUCUUCAAGUUUAUGGUCAACUUGCUGAAGCAGUUCAAUAAUGAGAAGAGACUGCUGGAAACACGAGGGCCUUUCAUCAUCCGGCAGCUGUGCCUUUUGUUAAACGCCGAGAACAUAUUUCAUUCCAUGGCUGAAAUCCUCCUUCGAGAAGAGGACCUCAAGUUUGCUUCCACCAUGGUCCAAACUCUCAACUCCAUUCUCUUGACGUCAACAGAACUCUUCCAGCUACGGAACCAGCUGAAGGACCUGCACACAACGGAAAGCUGCAAUCUGUUCUGUGGCUUGUACCGUUCCUGGUGCCAUAACCCCGUCGCCACAGUGUCUCUCUGCUUCCUCACACAGAACUACAAACAUGCCUACGACCUCAUUCAGAAGUUUGGGGAUCUUGAGGUGACCAUUGAUUUCCUGACUGAAGUGGACAAGCUGGUGCAGCUGAUCGAGUGUCCAAUCUUCACAUAUCUGCGGUUGCAACUCCUUGAUGUUGAGAACAAUCCCUACCUGAUCAAAGCCCUAUAUGGACUCCUUAUGCUCUUGCCCCAGAGCAAAGCAUUCCAGCUCCUUUCCCAGCGACUGCAGUGUGUACCCAACCCGGAACUUAUGCGAACCACGCUCCCCCCAGACCAUGUGCAGUUUCUUCAGCUUGAGAUACCAGGCAGGAGUUCUAGGCCUCUCCUGAUGCUAUUCUUGAAUUGGGUGCUCCGAGGUGCAAGGCCCAGUGAGAAGUCCACAGCCCCCAACAGGCAGGUCCCUUUGGAAAUCAACUACAGCGAUCUGCUGCAGCACUUUGAGAAGGUACAGAACAAGCACCUGGAAAUCCGACACCAGCGAGCAGGCCGCACUGACCAGCUGGACAGGAAGCACCCCCGUGACACAGAGGCAAAUUCUUCUGUAUGAUGGGCCUCCAGCCAAAGGACAAUGCUCGACUGUCGAACUGCCAGCUGUAAGACUGACUGAACCGUGAAGCCCUUUUUGUUGGGCUGUCCCACUGCCUUUGUAAUGCAAAGUUCUUUGCCACCACUAAUACUCACAGUACGUGAGCUGGGCAAUGUUCCUGUGUUAAUUGUGUAGAGUUUAUAGGUCUGUGAGAACCUCAAAGUGGAGUAGUGAUCACUGUUCCCCAAUGGGCCCCCCCCCCCCCUCCAUUUGCACUGACCACUGUUUUGUAAUGCUCCGACAUGGGUUAACUCUUUGCACUGAUCAUUGCUCUCUCUCGUUCCCCUUCACUGACCCAAAAUGUUCAGGUUUUUGCACUAUCACUGCUUAUACUCAGCUGGCAAGCCACGUAUCAUAGUUCUUCAGUUCAGAGAAUAUUUUAAUUUGUGCUUGUAUCCCCACCCCAUGCAUGACUUUCCACAGGUAGACCUCCUCCACAGUGGUGAUCAAAUUCUAUUCUAAAGCCAUUCUUCCUUUCACAGGAACAGAAAUUAUCCCGGCCAGCACCAAUUUGAAAAUUUCUCCAGCAGCCAGAAUUUACAAUAUUGUUAAGUGAACUUGGUCAGUGUAAGUAGACUGUUUGUUCCUUCUUUAAUUGCACUACCAUUCAGCACUCAAUAAGCACAGGCUGGAGCAUUAUCAACAGGAGUUGAUUUGUACUGAUCUCAUGUCCACUGGUUUUCAAAGCUGUUGUGACUGGUGUGGACAGUGGGAAGAUAUGUCACUACUUCAAUAGGGGCCUCUUCUCAAACUGAAGCUGCCACAUGUUGUUAUGACCAGUACAGUGAGCUUUAUCUACAUUUUACAGUCAGAUACCUAACCUAGUUUUGUUUGUCACUGGUGAUGAUGCUGGUAAUGAGCAACACUAAACAUCCCACACCCUGCUGAGCACUGGCACACUUACAGAGCAAGUGGCAAGGCAAACGGCAGUCAAUAGAAUUUAAAUCAGGCACAUCUUAUGAAACAGAGAGGUGAAAGGAAUUCUCUGAUCAUGGCUGAUCUUGAAUUGAAUUGAAAUAAACCAUGGAUUUUAUAAUUGAAGAAUUUGGUAAAAAUGACUAUAAAAUCAGGUGCACUAAUUGCUGCUUUGGAACAUUCCAAUGUGACUAGUGAGAGAGACAGUUGUACCAUAAUUUGAAUGACCUUAUCGGGUAAUCCUGAGAAUCAACUGAGUUCACUUCAGAAAGCAAUGAAAUGAAGACAGAGCAACUUUUCUGAGCACAGAGCUCAGAGGUGGGUUAUCCAUCUGCCUCACCACUAAAGCUCCCAACCUGAACAUUGCUGACCUGUCUGUCACACUUUGAUGGUUGUCACAUUCUGUUUAUACAGAAGAUUUCUGAAAGCAAUUUGGAUGUCAAGCUUGUUGUUUUAAACUAUCAGGUGAGAGAUAGGGGAGAUGCUGUGGAUUGAAAAUUUUGCACUGAGAUAAAUCAUGACAGCCCUGCUGCUGAUCUUUGGGCUUUGUGAUUGUACUCUCGGUUUCACUGGCCUCUCAUUUUUCCCUGUCCCUCCUUUGACCUGUCGUUACUGCCUAUUUAUAGCAAUGGAAUCUUCAGAAAUAUUCAAAGUCCAUUUUGUAAAAGCAGCAAAUAUUGAUAUUUGGUCAGCCUGUAAGCUUGAGAAUAGAGCAAGACUUUUUUCUAAUUUAUUUGAACUACAGUAAACAGUCUGAACUGGUGAACAGAACUGGAGCAGAGUUUGUAUACUAAUGAGCAACAGCAAACAAUGGAAUAUGUGGAGUGUGGAGGAGAGAUGUACAGCACAGAUUGUGUUGUAAUAAGUACAUCAGGCAUGUUUCAUAGACAGAGGAAUUGCCCAAAUAGUUCCAUUCUGAUUGCAAAUAGCGGUUUCACUAUAUUCAGCCUUGUUCAAUUUUAAAAUAGCACAACCUCCUCACGUUGGGAAGUAGAGAAGCUUUCUCCCUAGCCUGACCUGUGGAAGGAGUCACAGUAUCAACUGCUCCUUCAAGCAUUUGCUGUUUAAUUAGAAAUAUUCAAAAUUUUAAAAAUAAGUUUCAAACAUAAGGCUGAUUCUUUGCAGUUUUAUAGACCAGUUGCUGCUGUCACUCUUUCUGAGCUCAGCUCUCUCCAGAUUUCAGACCCACUUAAUAAUUGAUCAGUCCCAAGACGGAAAAAUAUUUAAACCCAUUUAAUAUUCUCCAGUGAAAUAAAUAAAAUUGACCUCCACCAUCCUCGUACAACGUGUAUAAACUCAACAAGAUUAGAUUCUUUCCUGAUUUGGCUGUGACUUUAAGCUCCUGAUCGGCUGUAACAUGGAUUAAUGGCCUAUUGGUCAAUGCAGUCAGUAUCCCCUCAGAUCCUGAAAUCUCCAGUCCCUGAAAUCUCCCACAAUUCUUCCCAGUUUUCUAAAUAUAUGUUUAAACACUGAAUAAUGACACCACUCACUUUUUAAAAGAUAAACAGCACUCACUACAAUUAAUUGGAACAGCAUUCCGCCUCUCCUUCCUUCAAUGGCCCUUUUCAGAGGGGAAGGGAAGCACAUUGGGAUUAACUUUUUAUAUCUAUGAUAAUGUAUUUGAAUUUGAUUUUAAAUUAGCAUGCUGCCUACAUAUAAUAGAUCGUCUAAGGUUGCUCUGUUUGUCCAGCACAAGGACAUCAGAAUUAUGAGAGGAAACACAUCAGUGGUUUAAUUCAAUAUCUCGAUUGAAAAGUUGUACUCUGUGCAUCUCAGUGUUAAGUAUGAUACUCUAUUUAUCUCAAAUCUCACCAUUCCCAUCGCUGUGGACAGACCUGUAGCAAUCAGUACUCCACCUGCGGACCUCCAUCCUCCCAGAUCUGUAGUCCCCAAUUAUACAGUGGCAGGCCACUGCUGAUCACACUGCGAUGCAAUGCCCAACACAUUCCAGCUUUGGACUAGAAAUGCAAAUGUAUAUACAAUGGGUGUUUUUCACAUCUCGAAUGUGAAUAUUGCACAAAUUCCCUCUGACACGUAACUUCUCAUAAUGUGCAACAUGUUCUAUAUAAUUUUAUUAAACUUCGCUUUCAAUUUUAUUGGACCUUUUCCUGGGACAUUUGGAUGGCUUUAGGCCAUUAACACCUUGUCUAUACACAGAAUGAUUGAUAACCUGUGUUAGGUGUAACUUUCACUGUUCAGAGGUGAGCAUUCUGUGUAAUGAUGUUGAGUCUCCCAGGUGCGUUGUGCAGAGCGGUUUAUUCCUUGACCUUCUCUGGCUGACUUUUAUUAUCUUAUUCUGGUUUUCUGGAUUCCAGGCCUGAGCAGUGACUUAGCCGCACAGGUGUGCUGCAGCUGCCUGGGGUUGAGGGAGUUUGGAGGGUGGUUGCUCGUUGACUGUUCACUACAAUGUACGGGUAAAGAAAUAAAGAGGCUGCCUGCAGUAUGUUGUUGGAGCACUUUUUGUGGUUGAGCUCGACCUUUGGUGUAUCUUUCAUCAUCUCACCCAACCUCCCCCAACUAAGCAGUCGUGUCCCAGUCCAGCAGUGUAUGUGCCAACUGCUGUCAGCGCCUGUAGAAAAUGUGCAAUUGGACUCUCGCUCCCCUCCCUGGAUGUCAUGGACACUCCCUUGGGUCAAUUGUGUCUUCAAGUAUCUUGCCCCACCCUCCCUGAGCUUGAAGAGUUUGAUCAGCGAAAUCUCUGAGCUUGUCUUUGCAUGUAGGAGCUCUGAACUGGCACGCCGACUGCUGGGAGGCCAUCUCCUAGUUAUUUCUGGUAGCCCCUCUUUGAAUAGCAGCAGUCCUGCAGGAAUCUUUGUUCUGAGGGUGGACACUCCACGCUGCACCGAAAAUGAUACAUUUGAAAACCGCCGGGGGGUAUCUUUUGAUAAAGUACCGAGGUGGUGUCAAGGAGGUCGGCUAUGGGAAUGCUCAUUUUUAUUUACCUCAAGUGAAAUCCUCCUCCAGCCACUUGGCCUGGUUUGACAAUCAGACUCACUGUUUUGUUUGUUUUUUUUCCUUCAUUUGGGUGGGAUGAAGUGUCCUCCCGAGUACAUGAAAUGUCCAGUGAGAAUUUGGACGUUGCCUGACAGCAUAGUGCAUUUCAGGCAACCCCUGCCCAGAUUUCCAAUCAGUGCUGAUUCACUCUGGGCAGAACGCCCCCAUCCAGAUACUGAUAUCUGAGGUUAGAGUCACUAAAUAAUGAUUUUUUCUUUGCAGAAUGUGCUACAGCCCCCACAGCUUGUGCACUGCCCAAGUUCAAAUCAUUGCUGUUGCAAUCGAGAGCAGGGGAGAACAGCAAUCUGUUUAGGUCCAUUCACAGGUAAGUACGCCCCCCUCCUUUGGUACUGAACCACACCAAGUAGGAAGCACUCCGAUCCAGCUCAUGUAACGGAGGGACAAGUUGGUGCUCCAAGUUCAUUGCUACUUCCUAGUGAGCAAUGUGUUACAUCCAAGCACCUGAGCACUGAACAAGGACCAAGGUUGGGCUGGCUGUGAAUAGCCAGUGUCCACUGGAACAAGACCCUAGUUAUAAUCUGUAGUGUUGUGUAUGUGGAGGUGAGGGAAUACAAGGACAUCAUGGGUUGUCAGCACAUUGCUUCAGUAGAGUGGGAGACACAGUUAACUGUAUUCAUUGUUCAUUAGCUUUGACACUCACUGAUAACAGCAAAGAACAGAUGGAUAAAUGCAGCCACAGGCAAUAUCUUUUAUUUAUAUUUUCCUUUCAGUUCCUUCCUUCCUGGUGAACAUUCCAUUGGCAAAAUUCAUUGUCUCAUUAUCAACAGGAUUAUACCAUUCCCCUACUGAGAUGUGGAUUUGUGUAACAAUCUGUGUGUGUGUGUGUGUGUGUUUUGCCCUGGAGUGGGGUGAACGUACUGCAGAACCAAUUGAGUUGUGUAAGGUGUCGAUGUACCA